AUGAAUGCUGCGGUUGCACAAUAUCUUGAGGAAAUUGGAUUUGAAAAAUGGGUCCGGUCGUACUUUCCAGGGGUACGUUAUAAUGUAAUGACGAGCAACUGGGCUAAGAGCUUCAACAACACAACUAAGGAUGCAAGAGGCUUCCCGAUCACUGCUGUUGUAGCAUUCCUGAGGUCCAAAGUCCAAAAGUGGUUUGCUUCACAAAAAGAAAAAGCUGACAAGUGGACGAAACCCCUAGCACCAGAAAUGGAGGAGGACUUGACAUUGCAUUUUGAAAAAGGUUGGUAUUUGAACGUUGACUCAUGCGGACCUUACACGUUGCAGCUUCACCCCUCGAGGAACAGUUCUGACUGGUGGCGUAGUGGACUUCCAGGAACAUACUUGCACUUGCGGCUUGUUCCAGAGCGAAGUAUUAGUGCGUACACACUAUGCUCGCCAUAUUACACGACAGAAUAUUGGAGGAGGACAUAUGAAGGAACAAUUACGCCAGUUGGUGACGAGGAUGAUUGGGAAUUGCCUGAUGACAUAAAGAACAUGAAAGUUGGAGUGCCUAUUGAGAAGCAACCAGUAGGGCGACCCAAGAAGCAAAAGGUUGGAAGAAUUAAGAACAACCGAACUGCUUGUAACGAUGAAAGGAUUAUCAAAUCACAAAAUUGUAGCAAGUGCGGUGCCAAGGGGCACAACAGAAGCACUUGCGCCUACCGAUGUUAA